GGAUUGGAGGACAAACCUCUGGACAAUAUUUUCUCUCGACAAAUGUCGACGAAGCGUGAAUAGAUUGUCCAAAUAGCUAGUCCAAUCCUUGGUGAGAGCCAGCGGAAGUCGUGAGCACUGGUGGCAUUAUCAUUAAUGUAUGUUGUCUGCAGAUGCCGUCUACUGUUCUGGAGCUGAGGUGUAGAGUUCAGCAGUACAAAUUCAAUUUCUUUGUACAAUUAUUUCAAAUAAUUUGGCGAGACCAAUAAAAGUAUCAUUGUGUUCAACCGUUUAGCUUGCUGCUGGAUGAGCGAGUGCGAGAUACCAGCUGUACAGUUUAUAACAGCUCGUGUAUUUAUAUCACAGACCAUAGACUUGUCGAAGCUGCUCGAUCCCAGUGGGCUGUGCGCUCCCAGUGGCUAAUGGAAGGCGCGGACGACGUGUUGCAGUCUAGAUUUCUGGAGCAGCAGCACCUGAAUAACCAGCUUCAGCAGAACUAUGACGAGCUGUCGAUGAAGUUGGCUGCGGCCGAGCUGACGAUCGAUCGUCUUCGACUUGGCGUGAACACUCGCGUUCAUAAAACGCUCAUCUAUGAAUUGAAGGAAGACGAGCCAAAGCAUGUGCAGCACAGUCUUCUACCGGCUGAACGCCCUUAUCUCGAUACUGAGCAUCCACCCACUGGUGUGACGUCACUGACUGACGCCAAUGGCCAUGGGCCCAUACUGGAGGAGGAUGAGUCGCCAUCGCCAUCACCAUCCCGGCCACUAUCGGUGUCGCAUGAUCGUGAUGCAUCGAUCGCUGAUACCGUAGCGUCCAGUCGCUCCGCAUCUCUCUUCAGCCCCGGCCGGCCGGGCAGUUUGGAUUCCCAGCACCUCGCACUAAUACUGCUGUGCCAAUCUCUUCAGGCUGACAUUGAGGCCUUGCUGCAUCGUCUCGAGCAGACGCCGGCGCACGAGCGUCAGAUCGACGGCCCCGCCGUGCGCACCGAGUUUGCUGGACUGCAGCGGCGCUUCGGCGAGCUGGACGAGGGUGUGCAGCGCAUGCGCCAGGCCAGACAUAGACAGCCAUUGGCAGUAAAUGCAUCGCAGCCAUUGGAAGAUGAGUUGGCCACUGUUAGGGAGAUGAUGAGCGCACUUGAGGCAACACUGCAUCCCGAGCGCCAUGGCGCACCUCGCACCCAGCUCUCAUCCACCCACAGUGAACCGGCCAGGUUUGCAGCAGUGGCUGGUGAUCGCAGUACAACUCCGAUGUCAGCUGGCAGCUUGGCGGAUGUGCCGAGCAUCGAUGAAUGUGAUGACCUCAGCCAGUAUGGCAUGUCCAUGUCACAGCCCGACUCCCCCGCUUACUCCCCGCCGCCCUCGUCACAUGACCACCCCGUUCAAACGCCCGCACACCAUGAUGAUGUCAUCGUCACACGCCAUGACGAUUUCAUCGCUGACAACAGCAGUCCGCUGUCGUCCUCGUCCCAGCGCUCGUUUGCCGAGCCGAAGCCGGCUUUCUCGGCCAGCCGUCGCCGUGCCUGGCAGUCGUCCGACUCGGAGGGUGCGUCUGCUCCGUCGCGAUCCAGUCACCGACGACCGCCCGUGCUAGCUGUGCGCAGCAACAGCAGCGUCUCGUCCGUGCGAGGCGCUCCGCUGCCAUCGGUGACGGCAAGUGAGCCACCCGUCGCCACCACCACCACCACCGCAGUACCAACACAGACUAAUUACCCGUCCUCGGCCAACCCAUCGUACGCGUCACCCUACCAAGCUCCCACGUUCACGGGCGGCAUGGCCCGGCCAUACUACCCGGACUCACCGGCAGCGGCACCAGCAGCAGCAGCUGUAGUGCUGACAAGCGAUGCAUCCAUCGAGCCACCACCACCGCCAACGCAGCAUCACGUGCCAUGGCCGCAAGGUGCUACGAUAGCCACCAGCACUGCGCCGAUGACCGACGGGCGUCACCCAGUGCCUGCAGCUGGCCCGGGCAUGCAGCAUCAUCAUCAUCCGAUCGUGCAGGGCAUGCCACACGGGAACGGCAACGUGGCGGCGUCACCACUGCGACCCAACGGUCACACACGACCGGCGUUUGUGCACGUGCCAGCGCCAGAGCCGGACAGUGGUUACACUGGGUCGGAUAUGCCUGUCGUGAGCACACGGACACGCAACGGUCCCCAAACACACGGUGUUGUCCGCUCAUCCACCGGUAGUGAACUAUUGCCCAUUGCGUCCCAGUCAUCUGCCGGAAGCAGUGAGCACCAGCUGAGCUCCUCGUCGAGCAUCAGCCUUCAAAGCGAUGCCAGCACCGCACACCCACCUCCACCUCGAUCUGUAGAACAUCCCGUGGAGACGUUAGCUUCAGCGACUGUCUCUGGGACCAGCUCAUCCCCUACAUCAUCAACAGCAGCUGGAACACGUUCCGGCAGCAGUGUGGGUCUACCAGCCUCUCCCUCCGUGAAUAGUGCUAUUCUCAGUUUGCGCGGUGACCUGGCACGCUUGCGACAGCAGCUGCUGGAAGGCUCAUCAUCACCCUCCGCCACACCAGUGUCCACCCCCGUAUCCACACCGGUACGCAGCAGGAAUGUUCCGGCUGCUGCUGCUGCUGCUCCCGCCAGCAGUACAGCACCGAUCAGACUGCCAAAGUCGCUCAGCAAAUCGUCGGAGGCGUCGGAGGCCGCACUGCGCAAUCUACUCGACAACGUCACGGACCCGCGGCCGCGCAGCGGCACUGGCAAACCGUACUCAUCACCGUCGCUGUCUCGCCGUCUGCUGCACGAUACGCCGGGCACAACGAGCGGGCUUUCCAUUGGGUUCAGCACGUCAGGGUCUUCAUCGACUAAUGCCGACAUGCCACCUCCGCCCCAGCCUGCUGUGUACUAUACCGGCAACGGAACUACGCAGCAUGAUCCUGGCCAGUCGAAUUUGAGCACCCUAUCCAGCUCUGAUCCAGACCCGAUCCCUGCCGUAGAUCCCAACCAAUACAGAACAAAACCAUAUGGUUAUGUUUCGGCGCCAACACCGACACACGCCCAUGCAGCGCAGCCGCCACCGUCACAAUCGCCGGUCCUUCAACACCGCCAGCAACUACAGCAGCAACAGUCGUCGCCAUCCUUGCGCAUGGCUUCAUCUCGAGCCACACAAACGCCGACACGUCCAGUUACGGCUACCAGCGUCCCAGAUAGCUUGGUACAGACAUCGGGGAGAAGCAGUGUUCAGCGACGACAUCCACCUCCGCAGUCACCGCGGGAUAUGCCACCGCUGCCUCUUGUCGACGCUCAAGUCCAAACCGUUCGCGACACUCCCACACAAACCAAUUUUACGCAGGUUAUGCCUUCGCUCGACACUUCGACACAAACAAGUGUGACGCAUGAUAUGUCUACGCGUGUGCCACUCAGCUCCAAUGCUCAGACGCCUCGACGCGUGCCAGCGCACACGCCGCACAGCGUGCAGACACAGACACCUGGUGAAAAGUCGGUCACGUGGCAGCCGCAGCACCACCAGCACGCGUUGCCUGUGGGUGUUGCCAACGCUGGCACACAGGCAAUGGGGUACGACAGCGGCCUGCAGUUCUUCUCCCCCGCGCCCAGGGGCUAUGCACCGGCCGAGUACGGUGAUGGCGGUGUGCAGACGAGGGACUGGUCGCACUCGGCAGGGCCAGUGUAUCGCCAUUGCUCCGUGGGCCGACCAGCAGCAGCCACUGCCAGUACAGCACACGCUGUGCAUCCCGUAAUGCAACACGCUGCUUCUCCAGCACCGCCGCCGCCACCGCCUACACAGCCACAGUACGUCACACCGGUCCCUGUCUACGCAACAUUCGAUUCGCCUGUGCAGACCUACCGCAGUACUGUACCAACAAGCAGUAGUACUCCAGUGAGGCUGGUAUACCCUGACACAUAUACCAUGCCCUACUUGGACGAGCUCGACCUGACGGAGGCCAAUCUCCAGGCCACGCAGCUCAAGCGCCGCUCUGAGGGCAUGGCACGUGGUCUGGAGGAUUCACUGGCCUACUCACUCCGCAGUAGCCGCUCACCACGUAUAUAGCAAUCCACUGCAUCCGGUUGCCUUCGAGCCAGCGUACUGAAUAUGUAACAAUCCACCGUGUCUGGGUGCCUUCGAGCCAGCGUAUGUGACAAUCCACUGCCCUCGAGCCUGCGUAACAAUCCACCGCCUCUGGGUGCCUUCGAGCCAGCGUAUGUGACAAUCCACUGCCCUCGAGCCUGCGUAACAAUCCACCGCCUCUGGUUGCCUUCGAGCCAGCGUAUGUGACAAUCCACUGCCCUCGAGCCUGCGUAACAAUCCACCGCCUCUGGUCGCCUUCGAGCCCGUGUAUGUAAUAAUCCACUGCCUCCGGUUGCCCUCGAGCCUGGGUAUGUAACAAUCCAUUGCGUAUGGUUGCCCUAGAGUUGUGUCAACAUGACAUGGCUGACUAGCGCUUGGAGCUACCUGAAUUCACGAAAUCGUCACUGAUGUUCUCUGCCAGAUCUUUGACGUUGCCAGUUUUAUUCUUCUCAUCGUUCCUGACCGUAUCCUGUCUAUCUUCACUAUGGAUGCUUUCCCUCUUAGCAACAUGGAGGAGCUAUGCUCACCUUCAGAAGUUAUUCUUAUUACCUGCAGUCCUGUAGUGGUACUGUGGUACAUCUGCUGUCAUGCCGGGCACACUCAGUCAUAUUUAUAAUGUUUUUUUGUGGUUUGUUUCUGUUCGUACCAUUUUCGUUUUUGUUCGCUUUUUCUUUUCUUAGUACGUGUACAGAGAGCCACAGUCCAUGGUCUAUUUUGUGUACUGUGGCUUGUUGCGGUGUCUGCUCUCUGCUGGCAAGAUUUCACUUGGUUGUGCUGGUGUCGUUCCCAACCUUCUAUAUUUUUGAAGGGUAUUUUUUCGUACACACAUGCUGUAUGUCACCGUUGUCCCUCUUCUUUCUUUUUCCCAUAAUUAUGGAAGCUAUUUUCAACAUAGAGCUGACCUCAUCUCCGGAAUAUAAUUUUUUACUUGAGUUUGUUUCGCAGUUGAAGUAUUUUCACACCCGUUUAGUAUUAGUCCGCUGGCGCACUUCGAAUAUAUUUCCGCAGCCAUCUUCUAUACCAUUUUCACAUUUUAAAUGAAAAAAAUCUGCUCUGAGCAUGCCAAGCCCAACAGUCCUUUCCCAACCAGGGAGUCUCGACAUACUAGUAA